UGUGCUUGCCGUCCCAGCACAGAGUGACCCUCGUCUCACUGCAUCAUGCGAGCUGUUGUGUUUCUCCUGCUGGUGGCUGCUGCCAGCGCUAAAGUAUACGAUCACUGUGAGCUGGCCAGGACUCUUAAGGAUGCCGGAAUGGAUGGCUACCGUGGAGUUAGCUUAGCCGACUGGGUCUGUUUGUCCAAAUGGGAGUCCAGCUACAACACCGAGGCAAUCAAUCACAACACAGACGGCUCCACUGACUAUGGCAUCUUCCAGAUCAACAGCAAGUGGUGGUGCAACGACGGGGCGACGCCCGGGGCCAAGAAUGCCUGCAACAUCAACUGUUCAGCGCUUCAGACUGACAACAUCCAGACAGCCAUCACCUGUGCCAAGCGUGUGGUCAGAGACCCCAAUGGGAUCCGUGCCUGGGUGGCCUGGCGCAAACACUGCCAGAACCAAGACCUCAGGCCCUACCUUGCAGGCUGUAGAUUAUAACAGUAGAAAGUACACCUUCACAAAACUCCAGUAGCCUACUGCUUCCCAUUUGCUUUCUAUACUCUGAAAAUGAU